GCUUAGACUUGUCAAUGAGAUCAUCCAGAGGUUGUCUGGGGUCUCUUGCAAAGUGCAGCCUGUAGGGUGUAAAGCCUGUAGUGUUGUGAACAAAUGUAUUAUACAUCAGUUGCGCCCGCGACAGAUGUUUGUCCCAGUCUUGCUGAUCAGGCGUGGUCACAGGACGCAACAACUAAAACAGGACCUGGUUCAUCACCUCAGCCUGUCCAUUGGCUUUCGGAUGUCUCCUAGAGGUCAUGUCCAGUCUAGAAUGGAGGUAGUCCUUACAGAUGGACUGCCAAUCAUCGCUGCAAAAUCUGGGGUCUCUGUCGCUGACAAUGGAGGUUGGGCACCCAUGGACAUUUUCCCACCUCUCACAAAAGAGCUCUCUGACCAGAGGUACUUUGACCUCAACAGGCUCAACACCCACGGUCAACUGCAGGCAAGGUCAGAGGGGAGACCCACGGUCAACUGCAGGGAAGGAGCGCCAGGUUUCGUCAUGGACACUCUGUUAACUGGGGUAGAGUUUGUCAAGGGAUGGGGGAGAAGUCUCUUCAUUCAAAAAUGGAGCUUUCAUCAGCUUGCCAUGGAAUGCCCUUCCAUCUAUGAAAUGAUGUCGCCCCCAAAUUUCAAAUGGGAGAGCGAGCCACUGCUCAAAGUAUGGAGAAAAGCUACAGAGGGUGAAAACGAGUGUUUGACUGACCAGAAAUCAAAGCUGGAGGUGUAUCGUCCAGAGCAGUUUGAGAAGUUCUUGAGAGAAGCACUUGCAGACAACGUGUUGACCACAGAAGACAAGUGUGUGCCGCUGCCUUUCAACUUGGAUAUAUUGAGCCUUGCACAUAAGUCUCGCCAGCUUUGGGAUCAGGCCAAACUACCAGAGGGCUGCAGGUUCUUCAAUAUUGUCGGAACAUCGUUUGAUACGCCCUUCAGCCUGACCUAUGGUACUGAAAAGGAGCCAAUUGAGAAACUUUCGGAUGUCCUCCGACUCGAGGUGGAGUUCGGUAAUGUUGAUGGCGAUGGGACAGUCCCAGUUGAAUCAGCUAUGGCUGAUGGAUUGAAGGCCCUUAAGAGGGUUCAGAUGAAAGGUGAUCAUCGGGGCAUUCUCAAUGACCCAGAUUUAUUUUCCCGGAUCAAGGACUUCCUGAACCCGGCAUAUGACCCGGAGGUGGAUGCGGUUCUUGUGCCACCAGCUGUAGAGGUGGAGAAACAGAUUAAGAAAGAACACUGGCGACUGCCUUCGCUGCCAUUGCUCCCAGGGCAAGAUUUCAAUCUGCAAAACGAGGAUUACAGCGAAUCCAUUUGGGCAGGAGCAGUGAUGAUUGACGGAGACACCUUAGCAGCCUCUUCAGUUACGAUGACUAUGGGGAAAGUACCGGUCGAAGGGGGUAAGCAUACACCCGUAACUGCAACAGAACCUCAGAAGGCGACGCUGGCCGAAAAGGUGGCCGGUGACAUCAACGGUCACAGUGCCUUGGCACCAUGCACAGCCAAUAGUAAGGAUGCAGUAAGAACGGCAAUGAAACCUCUUAAGAAAACGUCAACCGAAACGGUGGCUGAUGAUAGCGACAGACACAGUGGCUUGGCAUCGGAGACGACCAAGAAUCUUUUGGAGCUUUCGGUCAUGACGGCUCUUCCAGAAGUCUCCAUAUCUGCAGGAUUCGCUGACGCAGUGAGACGAGCAAAUUCCGACUCCAUGGUCGUUGCAACACGCUGACAGCACAAGGGCGGUGUUAAGAAUACGAUGGUCCAGGGGCGUUCCCCAUUUGAGGAUAAUAAAUAAUUAUGACAACAUGGUUUUGUUCACUCGUUUUACUUCCAAGCCUCGCUAUCUGACUGGAAACAACCCUGUAAUGAAUUCGUGCUUGACAUAUGUGGACUGUAUGCAGUCCAGGGUAACAAGUGCGCGGGGUGGUGCAGUGUUGUUGCACUGUGCCAUUCUAUGAAGGAAAGGGGAAGGGAGGUGAAUGCUGGCUGCAGAUAGCAGCGCCGAUGCAGCAGUGUGGCAUUUUGGCAAGGAAAGGAAGUGAAACACCAGCCAGAGAGUGCUGUAUAUAUGUGUUCCUUGUGAUUUGUCCGCCCUGGCGUGCGGUGCUGCCUACUUCAAGUAAUUCCGAACUAUGAUCCGAAGGUGAUUAGAAGUUCAGAUGGUGUGGAGUCUGUGGACUUCCCAGCAGAGAAGCGGGGAGAACAAGGACACGCUGCUUUGUUUUCACACUGUGCAAGUGGGCCGUUAUGGCACAUGGGGAUGUGGGCAAGUUGCACUUAACCACGAUCAACGUGGGUUGUAAAUGAGAGGCAGGGUAAAAGGGGAGCCGCAAGAAGAAACAAAAGAGGAAAUUCUGAAUAAAAACUAGAGUCAGAAAAGCGAAGAAAGGACUGCACAAGGAAAAGUGGUUUUAGUGGUUCAUGUUGUUUGCUAUAGAGUUAAAAGCUGUUUUGGGUCUACUCGUAUGGGUGUAAAAGGCGUU